GAAACAGUCUCCGCCCCGAUCGUCGAGGGUAUCCUCAACUUCUACGAUCCACCCAAAGACGGCAGCGAGCCCUACAACAUCGUCUACGAGGUUCCCGAAGGCACCCCGACUCGCAAUUACGGCGACAAGCCUGUCACGGUCAAGAUCGAGGACGUCCGCGGCCACGAAGACAACUUCAAGCUUGACGUCAACGGGUUCCAGUUCGAGAAGCGGUUCAUUGACUUCAACAAGUGGACAGACGACGAGGCCAUCAAAAACGAGUACUACCCCGCUGUGAUCAAUGCCGUCAAGGAAACCACCGGUGCGCGUGAGGUUCUCAUAUUUGACCACACUAUCCGCACAAAGGAUGGCUACCGCAAUCCCGUGAUGGUCACGCACGUCGACCAGACUCCGUGGUCUGCCGCUGAGCGCGUCCGUGUCCACUGCCCCGACAGAGCGGAGGAGCUGCUCAAGAAGCGCUUCCAGAUCAUCAACUACUGGAAGCCAAUCACCGGACCCGUCCAAGAAUUCCCCCUGGCUCUCGGUGAUGCCGGAAACAUGCUUCCUGACGACAUCGUCUGCGUCGCGCACAAAUACAGAGAACGCACCGGCCAGACCGGCUCCGUUCGAUACAACCCGUCGCAGAAGUUCUAUUACCUCUCGGGAAUGACAACCGGCGAGGAAGUCUUCAUCAAGUGCUACGACUCACUGGAAGGCGUCGCCAAGCGGACUCCGCACACUGCUUUCGAUGAUCCCACGUCUCCUCCCAACCCGCUUCCGCGCGAGAGUAUCGAAAUCAGAACUCUUGUCUUU